AUGCCAUCGCCUGACGACGAGUCCACGAUUAAAGUUGCGCCCAAGAAAGACAGCAAUCCUAAGCUCAAGCUUAAGAAGCCUGCGCCGAAGCAUAGUAAACCGGGGAACUGGCGUGAUGGGAGUGUGGUUGACGAUGACAAGAAGAAGCGUACCGAUACUCCUUCCACAAGCUCCGCGGUAGCCUCUCCUGGCCCCAUUGUCAAUCAGCUAGAUGAUGCUGCCCGAGAAACCUUUGCGACUGGCCGACCGCUCGACGAUAGCCUCGAUUUACACAUAUGCAAACAUUGCAAGAAGAGCAUUCUGAAGGUUGCGGCGGAGAACCAUGUCAAACAGUGCUUGAAACUUAAGAGGGAGAAGGCACAGAGGAAGAAAGAGCAGAAAGAGGCGAGAGAGAGAGAAAAGAAGGGCCUGGCAGCAGCAGAUAAAGAUGAGGAUGGGGACACCAAAAUGGAAGAUGACGACGAUGACGAUGAUGCUUCGCCUGAGAAGAAAGGCCCCGAGGGACUCAAGAGCACCAAGAAAAGUGCUGGCAAGAAAGUCGAAGUCGAUGAUACAAAGAAAGGCAAAAAGCGCAAGGCUGAUGGAGAUGCCGAGAAGGCCCCAAAACCAAAGAAAAAGAAGGAAGAGCCCAAAUCGAAAGUUAUAAAGCCCAAAGGUCCCGUAGAUGUCGAAAGACAAUGUGGCGUAAUGAAAGACGGGGUUCCCUGUGCUCGAUCUCUAACCUGCAAGAGCCACUCCAUGGGGGCAAAACGAGCUGUUCCUGGUCGAUCACUACCAUACGACCACCUCCUCGCCGCAUACCAGAAGAAGAAUCAAGCAAAGCAGCAAACCCAAACAGAAGCUGCAAUCGACGCCAAUGCUCCUCUCGAAGACGAAGAAGCAGCUAACGGACCUAUUGACUCGGAUGAGGAACUACAAUCUGUCAUGCACGGGCUUUCGAACUGGAACCCACAGCCCUUGGUCCAGCCGCCCAUCCACGUCCCUAUUGAGAAGCAGUACCUUCGCCAAAGACUCUACGAGCAACUCCACAACGCCACGAAUGGAUUCACGGUAAACAUCUUCAAGGUUUCGGGAGACGGUGCAAAGAAACGUCAAAACGUUGAUAAUGUCAUGGAUGCGGAUGGUGAUGCAGAGGGAGAACCGGAUCCCGCUGUGACGAUUGCUGCAGUUACGAGUGCUGCUACCAGGAGAACAAACGGGCUUAAUAUGCAGAUGCCACCUCAGAGGAGAACAUCAUCUGCAAGUCAUCCCGCCGGACGAUAG